AUAAUAUAUAAUACACCUUAUUGAAGUUUAGUAGACUUCGUGUCUAUACUGUACAUGUCAACCAUUUUAAAAUGUGGUACUUAAAAGUGUCGUCGAGUUUACUCAUAGCAGUGGCAUUAAUCUGUAUGAUACAGAAUGCAACAUCACUGACUAUAGAUCCCAAAGCAACAGAGGAUCAGUGGUCAACACUGGCAAGUUCUACAGAUCAAAAAGACUUGAAAAAAAUAUCAAUACUGUGUAAAGGUUCUCUUAAUAACUUCAACGAAAAAUUAGAAAAUACAAAAACAAUUGCAAACAAAAAACUACCUGAACCUAAUAAAACAACGGAAGAUAUAGCUAAUUUAGUAAGUGAUAUAAAAAAUCAAGUAAAAAAUGCAUCUGCAGAUCUUGUAACUGUAAGAAAGUUAGUACAAAAAAGUGCUUUACGAUUUAGAGACACAUUCAAAUCCCUUGUAUCAUUUACUGAAUUAGAUAGUGAAUCUGUGAAUAAAGAAUUAGAAAGUAUUAAGAAAACCACAGUUGAUAGUAAAAAACCAUUGGUAAAUCGUGUUAUACAGUCAUUUGGAAAUAGGUACGAUCUUAAUAAAUUGGCCAACAAAGUUCUUGAAGUAUCAUCUGAUCGUGAAAAGUUAAAAAAUAAUUAUAAUGAAAAAAGAAAAAUUGCUAAAAGAGAAUUCAAUUCAUUGUGGAAUUCUUUAUCUAAUCAUUCAAAAACUGUGAAUGAUAAUGCUUUAAAAGCCUUGGAUACUUUUUUUGAAGGCAUGAAAUCCGUAAAAUCAGUGAAAAAAAAAGUUAAGGCUCUAGGAGAAGAUGCCCUGGAUGAAAUAAAAGUAGGAGAUGAUAUCAUUAAACUUAAAAAUGCAGUUGAAUUAGCUAAAUCAUUAAAAUUGAAGUUCGAAGAUGAAUGGAAUCUCGACUCUGGAGAAUUAACUUAUAGUGAAGAACAGAAGAAACCUAAUAUAAAAACAACAGACGACGAUCAGUCUGAUGUCCAAGAAAAUGAAGAAGAUAAAUCUAAUGAGAAUAUUCCUACAAACGAUUUUGAACCAGAUUUACCAACAGCUGAACAAGAACCAAUUGAAAACUAUAAAUCUAAUGUAAUUCUACCUACUCAGGCUGAGAUUGAAAAACUUCCUAUUAUGGAUAACCGUCAAACCUCUGAUAAAGCAGUUCCUUCAACUGAGGAAACAAAAUUACCCCUUGACCAAAAAAAUAAAGAUAUAACUAAAAUAAUACAACCUACAAUUUCUGAAACAGAACAUAACCAUAUAGAAAAUAAUGUUUCUGAUACUAUACAUUCCCCGACUAAAGAUAAUCCAUCAAUUCCUAACACAGAAAAUAAAGAUAAAACAGCAAUCGUACAACCCGAAAUUUCAAAUGAAGACCAAAAUUCUAUAGAUAAUAAAAGAAUAAAUAAUAUAGCAAGUAAGGAAAAAACAUUAUUACUACCAUGGGAAAAACUUAUACAACUAGAAAACCCACGUGUUAGUCAACAAUCAAUGAAAUGCAAAAAUCUAUUGAAUAAUGUGACACCAGAUUUUGAAAAUAUAAAGAAAACAGCGAAAAACUCAAUACAAGUAACAAAGAGUUACAAAAAUUUACAAAAUAUUGAAAAUGAUACAGUUAAACAAUUUUUAUGAUAAAAUGGUUGACACAAAUACAAAACUAUGUGAUUAUUUAGUUAAUGCAGCAGAUGAUGUUUGUGCUAAAGUAACACCAAUCAAUAAAAGAUAUGAAACAAAAUUUAAAAAUGAUCCAAACAUUAAAC